AUGCCUUUUGUUGGUGUACAAGGUCUCCGAUUUACGUUGCCAUAUAUGGCCAUCUUCGCAGCAUUUCUUUUUCUAUGGUUACUAUUAAGCCGAAUUCUUUCAAGCAGUAGCGGUAUACUAGAAAGGAUCACUGUUGGUGGCAAUGGUGAGGGAGGCGUUUAUGUACCAUCAAAAGAAAACUCAGAUAUCCAUUAUGGGGUUGUCGUAGACUGUGGUAGUAGUGGGACACGGUUAUAUAUUUACAUAUGGCCAGAGCAUUCUGGAAAGAAAGGUGACUUACUUCAGAUAAAGCAAUUAUUAGAUGAACAGGGUGUACCGAUUGUUAAAAAACUUGAGCCGGGUCUAUCAUCGAUGGUUAGAACACCUGAAAAUGCAACCGAAUAUAUGAAAUCACUGUUAGAUUUUGCUGCACAAGUAAUACCAAACAAUAAACAUCGAGAAACACCACUAUACGUAUUUGCAACAGCUGGUCUGAGAUAUUUAACACUCAAUGAACAAACACAGCUAUUAGAAGAUUUAUUUAAGGAUAUUGUACGUGAUUACCGUUUCCAAAUUGAAAAAACACACAUACAAGUAAUAUCAGGAAAAUUAGAGGGUAUUUAUAGCUGGAUCGCAAUCAAUUAUGUAUUAGGAAGAUUUCAAAGUAAUGCAACCGAUUCUGUUUCUGUGUCUGACGGUCAUUCAAUAAGCAUAUCACAAAAACGUCAAUCGACAGUUGGUAUUCUUGACAUGGGCGGUGCAUCUGUUCAAAUUGCCUAUGAAAUUGCUUCGGAUCUCCCCCUUGACAAUGAUAAUAUGGCUGAAUUUUCAUUGAGCGCAGAUGAACAUAAUAGUUAUUUCAAAUACAAAAUAUAUGUAACAACGUUCCUUGGCUUUGGUGCGAAUAAAGCAUUCGAUAAAUACAUUGACUUGUUAAUUGCAACAAGUUAUCUAUCAUUAAACUCAAAGACAAAUUCAACAAAUGAGUACAUAAAUACUGCUACUUGUUUACCAAACGGAUAUACAGUAAAAUAUGAACGGUCUAAUCAAACAAUCAUCUUAUAUGGAAAUGGUAGUUUUGAAAAUUGUGCAAAAUAUGUCUUACCCCUAUUAAAUUUAAAUAUAACAUGUUCGCGAUUACCAUGCUCAAUAAAUGGCGUGCAUCAACCACCCAUCAAUUAUGAAACAGCAGAUUUUUAUGGUUUUAGUGAAUUUUGGUAUACGAUGGAAGAUAUUUUACGGAUAGGUGGGCCAUAUAUGCGUCAAACAUUUCUCAAUGCAUCGACAAAUUACUGUAAUUCGAACUGGACAGCGAUUCGUUCAUGGUACAGCAAACAUUUAUUUCCAAAAGCUGAUUUAAAUCGUUUGUUAUUACAGUGUUUUAAGUCAGCGUGGCUCUAUGCAUUUUUGCAUGAUGGUUUGAGAUUUCCGGUGAAUUAUAAACGGUUACGAUCAGCAUCAUUGAUUAAUAAACAUGAUGUCCAAUGGACGCUUGGUGCUAUUUUGUAUAAAACACGUUUUUUACCAUUAAGAUCUAUCAAUCGCAUUUACACAACGUCUCAUGAUCGUCGCAUCAAUGAACAUUCAUCAACAGUUACUGUUAUUUUAUGUGUAAUAGUUAUUUUCUUUUGUCUACUAAUAUAUCAUAAAUUUCGUUCUAAAUUACGAAUAUAUUUCUUUGGACGUAACAACAAACUGAAUGGUAAUAGUAACGAUAAUUUGAAGCCAAAUAGUUUUUAUCAACUACCGUUUUUUGUCAACCUCAACAAUCGUUAUCAACUACUAUCGUCUGUUAUUGUUUCUUCCACAGCAACUCUUUCUGGAUCUCCGUCAUGUAUUCCAGUCAAUAGAACAGUUAAUAAACUACGAACUGUCUAAUUUUCUUUCGAAUUAGUUUCUUGUUACUGUUCUUGUUCGGAUAUUUUUUGUUAUUAUUUUUUCUUAAAAAAUAGUUACAUUUGCACGCCGCUCAUCUGUUGUCAAAUAUCGAACAAAAUUUUUCGAAUUAGAAAACUCUUUUUCGUAUGACGCAAUUGAUCUACACUGAGUGUAAGAAGUAUUUAGACGCUGCAAAAGGUUUUGUUGCGGACUCCGUAUCUCUUAAAAUAAAAGGGAUGAGAAAAUUACUUUUUUACCGUUGAAUAGAACAAAGUCUACUCUACAUUCCGUCUAUUGAAAACAUAUUUUAACGAUCUUACAUGAGUCUGUAAUGAGCCUUCUUUGACACUGAGUCGACUUUCUUUUCUCUAUGACACUCUCUUUUCACCUUAAAUCUCCUCUCUACAAGUUUUUUGAUAGAACAGCUUUAAAGAAGACAAAAUUCUGCACAUUGUAUAAAUUCUUUCUCCGUUGUAAAUAGUAAACAAUAUAUUUUCUAAUUCGAAUGAUAUCCCGAUAUGAAUGUAAUCGAAUUUUGAACCACAUUCACUUGUUAGACGAUGAAAAUUUUUUUAAUGACGAAAUAUAAUAAUAUAAUGGAAUAACGCUUGUUAGUAUUCUAUACUUCACUUUCGGAGAACGACUUAAUUGACAUCGAUCAUCAUUAUCAAAUUGGAAACAACAAAGAUCGACUCUUGAUUGUGUAGGAUCUGUAUUAUAUGAGCCAAUUGCAAUUUUAUUGUACCGUUUGAAUCCAAAAUGUGAAUAAAAAAACUCUCCGGGCCCUAUCGACCGAUCUUCAUUAUUUUAUUAUUAUUUUGUUUCCCUAAUU